GGCAGGAAGUGAUGGGGGUCUGUUUUUUAUAGCGGAACCCCAAAUCGUCUUAUGGCUGGUUCAGAACUCCACGGUUUUCUGCCGUGUGUGGGAAUUUGUUUCGACAAACGCAGCAAGAGUCCAAGAGCCGGAUUUAUCUUUAUUUUUUUCUGUGUUCGUACUUAGUUUCAUGUGAAGUUUUCCAUCUUUUCUGUCAAAAUUUGACGCCAGGAACCGUCCGCGCGGUCCUGUGAGACGGUUCUGCUGCCGUCCUGUGACGGGCCAGUCCUCUCUCAUCCAUCCAGUUUGAAGAAGAGAGGCAGCAAAGAUGCCUAAACCGAUAAACGUGCGCGUGACCACCAUGGAUGCAGAACUGGAGUUCGCCAUCCAGCCCAACACAACUGGAAAGCAACUCUUUGACCAGGUGGUGAAGACGGUGGGUCUGCGGGAGGUCUGGUUCUUCGGCCUGCAGUACGUGGACAGUAAAAGCUACAGCACCUGGCUCAAACUCAACAAGAAGGUGACUCAGCAGGACGUGAAGAAGGAAAACCCUCUGCAGUUCAGGUUCAGAGCCAAGUUCUUCCCCGAGGACGUCUCAGAGGAGCUGAUCCAAGAGAUCACACAGCGCCUCUUCUUCCUGCAGGUGAAAGAGGCCAUCCUGAACGACGAGAACUACUGUCCUCCAGAGACGGCCGUGCUGCUGGCAUCGUACGCCGUCCAGGCCAAAUACGGAGACUACAGCCGCAGCGUCCACAAGCCGGGGUACCUCACUCACGACCGGCUGCUGCCUCAAAGGGUUCUGGAGCAGCACAAACUGACGAAGGAGCAGUGGGAGGUCAGAAUCCAGGCGUGGCACGAAGAACACCGAGGGAUGCUCAGAGAGGACGCCAUGAUGGAGUACCUGAAGAUCGCUCAGGACCUGGAGAUGUACGGAGUCAACUACUUUGACAUCAAGAACAAGAAGGGGACGCAGCUGUGGCUGGGCGUGGACGCGCUCGGGCUCAACAUCUACGAGCACGAGGACAAGUUGACUCCAAAGAUCGGCUUCCCCUGGAGCGAGAUCCGAAACAUAUCUUUCAACGACAAGAAGUUUUUCAUCCGACCCAUCGACAAGAAGGCGCCGGACUUUGUGUUCUGCGCACCUCGACUGCGCAUCAACAAGCGGAUCCUGGCUCUGUGCAUGGGCAACCACGAGCUGUACAUGAGGAGGAGGAAGCCCGACACCAUCGAGGUGCAGCAGAUGAAGGCUCAGGCCCGAGAGGAGAAGCACCACAAGCAGAUGGAGAGGGCGCAGCUGGAGAACGAGAAGAAGAAGCGAGAGCUGGCAGAGAAAGAGAAGGAGAGGAUAGAGCGCGAAAAGGAGGAGCUGAUGGAGAGGCUGAAGCAGAUCGAAGAGCAGACCAUGAAGGCUCAGAGAGAGCUGGAGGAGCAGACUCGCCGGGCGCUGGAGCUGGAGCUGGAGAGAAAGCGAGCGCGGGAGGAGGCCGAGAGGCUGGAGAGGGACCGGCAGGCCGCCGAGGAGGCCAAAGCCGAGCUGGCCAGGCAGGCGGCAGACCAGCAGAAGACCCAGGAGCAGCUGGCGGCUGAGCUGGCAGAAUACACGGCAAAGAUUUCUCUGCUAGAAGAAGCCAAGAAGAAGAAGGAGGAGGAGGCCACAGAGUGGCAGCACAAGGCCAUGUCGGCGCAGGAGGACCUGGAGAAAACCAAGGAAGAGCUGAAGACGGUCACGCUGGCGCCCUGCGAGCCCGAGCUGGAUGAGAACCACGCCGAGGCCAGCGCCGAGCUCUCCAACGAGGGUGUCCGGCAGCUGGACCUCCGCAGCGAGGAGGAGCGUGUCACGGAGGCGCAAAAGAACGAGCGGGUGAAGAAGCAGCUGCAGCAGUUUUGUUGCAGAGAAGAAACUCAGGCCAGGCGAUGGCACGUCAGGACCUUGACCUCCGAGCUGGCCCAGGCCCGAGACGAGACCAAGAAGACCCAGAACGACAUGCUGCACGCCGAGAACGUGAAGGCGGGCCGGGACAAGUACAAGACGCUGCGGCAGAUCCGGCAGGGCAACACCAAGCAGCGCAUCGACGAGUUCGAGUCCAUGUGAAGCUCCGCCCCCUCCAAGAAGUUUUGCCAAAGUCCUCCUCUGGAACCUUCACCGAGACCAAAACCUAGUUUGUUUUUGACUGAAAAUUUACCUUUUUUAUUCUGUUUCUGUGACUUUUACCCAAAAAUAUGCUAAACUGUGAACUCCCUUUCAUACAAUGACUCAGCAGUAUUUUGUAAGAAAAAGGUCAAACGUUUGUGACGGAUGAAUGUAGCUGAAGGGCAGAUAAAGGGACUCUUAAUUCUG